UCAGACAAACGACAACUAUUCACAAGAUUUCUCGGCGUACAAGCCAUGGGUAAAUUUACGGAGUUUGUCAUCUUUGGCUGCCUGGCGUUAUUAGCCGCCAACUUGACGACAGCAACAUGGUACCAGUCGAGCGAACAGGAAGAAGAAGUGGUGGACUUCGUCAUGACGAACUGCUAUGGAAUAAUGUUCACCACAUGGCGUGUUUGUAUAUCGGGCCACCGGGCUGCCUGUCUUUCGCUGAUCAACAUCGCCAUGUUCUGUACUCAUCAAUACAGCAGUGAGGAUCGUCUAAUGUUGAGCUUCAGACCCAAAUACUGCAUGGCACUGGACUCUGCUGCUAAACGUUUCUGCAUCUGGAGAAGAGGGGCGUGUUGGCAUCUACAACAAUUACUCCACUUCUGUCACCGAACUACUACAACCACUACGCCGCCCACAACCACCACGCCGACGACAACGACGCCCACAACCACUGCAACGACGACGACUCAGGCUACAACAACGCCACAAGUGUGUACAGCUCCAAAUACGUGUUUGAAGCCUGACUGUGACCCAGCAAAUCUACGUCCGCAAUAUACGUGCGCCAACAACAACGUUUGUUGCGAAAUACGGCGUAUCAGGGGUGUCGUCAAAACCUCGAGACCAUGAUAAUCUGCUGCCGGGAAAUUAAACUAUGCUUAACAAAGCAUGCUCUAUUAUCUGCUUAUUAAAUACUGUGAAAUCAU